CCUUUGAUCUCCUGCUCCCAAACCACUUUCCUCUCGACCAAAGUAACAACGAGCUGCUGCCAGCCAGUGUGUCUGGUGUGGCGUUGUGGUUGGCUUCCUUAGCCAAAGCCCCAAAGCACAAAAGCCUCUAGAACAAGCUAGGACAGGGACAGUGCCGGUUGAUUUUGCCAAUCGUCCUCCUCGUCGUCGUCGACGCAGAUAGAUGCGUAAUGGGAGCAGCAGCAGCUGUUGCUCUUCUUCUCCGGUGGCGAUGGGGUUGCAACAAGUGUUUAGCUCGCAGGCUACUGCUCAUGGCUGGUUGUACGGACAGCUUACUUUGCUUCGUCCGGUGGCCAUGCAAGAGCGGGUGAUGCCGAUGCCGCCGCUGCUCCAUGGACUCUUCUCUCUGAAUUUUCUGCUCCUCGUCGUCUACCUCCUGCUCUUCCUCCUCGCCAAACUCUUCAAUCGCCUCUGCCGAGCAAGUGUGAGCAGGGAUCAUGGCCGUGACAACUGUGCAGAGAAAUCUUCCCGGACAGAGGAGGCCGACAUCGCCGGGGGAGCAGAACCGCAUAGGGCGGACUCGCUAUUCUGGUUCGACGAGGCCCUGCUUGUCGACGAAGGAAAGGAUCACCUGUCGUACAGUAGCGCAGCUGCGCAUUGCUUGGAGGAGGUGGCCGAGAACUGCACCUUUCCCGCUACCGCAUCCACCGCCCUUACCUCGUUCUCACCGCGGCGGGAUCGCCGGUGCGACGACGUUGCUGCUACUACUGCUGUCGACAAUGGCCGUGCACAACGAAGGGCCAAGGACAUUUCGAUGACCGUCACCUUUGCCGUUGCCGACGACGUCCCCACGUCGGCGCCAGGCGGGUGUCGGCAGGAUAUUCCGGUCGCCGCGUCACCGGAGAAUGUUUCCGUCCAAGUUUCAGAGAAGCCAAAAAUCAGUGGAGGGGAAGACGACCGCGACAGCCAUGAAGAAGAGGAGGCGGAUGAAAACAAGGCCAGCUUACCAGACGUGAAGCGUUUCGUCAACAGCAAUGCGCUGGCCGACACGAAGAAUCUUCUGCUGCCCGAGGGCGGCGCGGCCGUGGGUGCACGGCUACUACGGCCGCGACGCGAGGAGGAGGCCGACGGGGACAGCAGCUGCCGGUUCGGUGCGUCUACGCUAACGAGCGAGUCGACGUCCAAGAGCUCGGUGGAGUGGCAGAGCUCCGCGGUGGCCAAGGACGCCUACUCGGACCUCUUCUCGUCGUCGUCGCGCCGGAGCUCGGCGCGGUGGGAGUCUUACACGCUGUUCCGCAAGUACGACGAGGACAUGGUCUACUUCCACCGCGUCGGCGCUCAGAAGCUCACCGAGACAGAGUCGUUUAGGUCGAUCAAGUACCAGCCGCGGUCGAUGUCGCAGCGGAUCACGCACAAGCUGACCAUGGCGCCGACGCCGCCGCCGAUCGGGCUACGCGACCCGUACCCGGAGCUGGAGCGGGUGUACGUGGCCCAGAUUUGCCUCACCUGGGAGGCUCUCAACUGGAACUACACCAGCUUCCGGCGCCACAACGGCGGCGGCGGUGGCGGGACGAUGACGAUGCUGGAGGACCGGUGCUGCCCGGCGCGCGUGGCGCAGGAGUUCCAGCAGUUCCAGGUUCUGCUCUAUCGCUUCAUCGAGAACGAGCCCUUCGAGCACGGCCGCCGGCCCGAGAUAUACGCCAGGAUGAAAAACUCCUCUCCGAAAUUACUCCUAGUCCCAGAGUUCAGAGAAGAGGAAGACGAAAAGGAUGAUCUGAUAUCGGCGGUGCAGUUCCUGCACAUACUGGAGGAGUCGAUCAGGACGUUCAUGGCGUUCCUGCGAGCCGAUAAGAGGAGCCACUACCAGAUGUUUAGGGAGAUGGUCCGGCGGCGGGCGAGCGCCGCCGAUCAGACCAUAGUCAUCGCCCUCAAGAAAGCCAACAAGGCCAAGAAGAGCAGGCUGAAGGACGUGACGAGGCCGCGGCGGUGCCUGAAGCGGAGCAAGGCGAGGGACGACGAGGUGGUGCCGGUGCUGCUGGGGCUGAUCGACCUCAAGGUGGUGGCCAGGGUGCUGCGCAUGCCGGAGAUCACCGACCAGCAGCUGCACUGGUGCGAGGAGAAGAUGAACAGGGUCAGGGUCGACGUGCGCCAGGGGAAGCUCCAGAGAGAUCCUUCGCCUCUCUUCUUCCCUGCACACUGACAUUGCACCACCAUGGAUCGAUCUCAAUGCACACUCUUUUGACUGCAAACUACUUUUCCUUCUUUAUUUCCUUACCCUUAUCUUUUUUACUUUUCCCUGAUGUAGUGACACAAGAUAAAGUUGGGUUUGCGUAGACAUGAUCGAGAAUAUGCAACGCACUCAGCGUCUAGGUAGUAGUACUGUGUACAAAAAGUCAGAUUCAGAGAAGACGAUGUUGUAAAGGCGUAAUGUAUAUCUAUCGACAGAAAAAUAAGAUCAGUCAUUCGAUA